CACAACAACCAGCCAGCGCCAAACAAGAGCCAACCUGACGCUGGGACCUCCUGGUGACUCUUCCCCAGAAACAAGACACAUUCCUCCUGUUCUCCCUCAUUCACCUCUAUCUAUCUCAUUUGCUCAGCGUCGUUGUUCUCGUCGCCCGUCUUGCUUCUCCCUGUGCAAAUUUCCCGAUCUGAAUUGAAUUCCGGCCCGUUCAGUCCGUCAUGGCCUCGACUACCAACUACAAGGAGGCCUUCUCCCUCUUCGACAAGCGCGGCAACGGCCGUGUCUCCCUCGAAUCUCUGGGUGACCUGCUCCGUGCUUGCGGUCAGAACCCCACGCUGGCGGAGAUCGCGGAGCUUGAGAAGGGACUGGGCAGUGACUUCGACUUCGAAUCCUUCUCCAAAGUCCUCAACCGUCCCGGUGGUUUCCGCGACCCUGGCGAGCCCGAGGAAUACUGCCGUGGUUUCCAGGUCUUUGACAAGGACCUGACGGGCUUCAUUGGAGUCGGCCAGCUGCGUUACAUCUUGACGAAUCUGGGCGAGAAGAUGAGCGAUGAAGAAGUCGACGAGCUGCUCAAGGCGGUUGACACCAGCUCGGGCGAGAUCAACUACACCGAACUCGUCCGCACCAUCCUCGCCAACUAAACACUCUACGAUACCCGCGCUUUUCUUGUCACGAUGCACGAUGCUUUUCUCCCGCGAUUUAUGUUUCUUAGCUCCUUACCCCACGAGCCGGGCGUGGCACUCCGCCGGAAGUCGUGAUCUCACGGCCAGCGGCCCGCCCGGUCGCAUCCUUGUCUAGAGUCGUAGGCGUCAAUCGGACUGUGGACGGUGGUUUUUCAAUGGAUGCUGGUCAUUGCAUGCGUUGGCUUCCUUAUAUGUAGUACAGAGUAGGCAAUCGAAGUAUUAUAUCCAGUCAUGUA